AUGGACGCUCCCUCUGGAUCUACCUCUUCCUCCUCGUCGGCUCAGCAGUCCCCCGCCGUCCAGAUGCUCCCCCAACCCGCCCCCGCCCCCGUGAGGACCGCAUCUACCGACGCCUUCCUCAAGGAUUUCAACCUCGUCGCCGAGGCGGCCAAGCGAGCGCAGAUGGCCAUCAUGGUGCGCGACUUUGAAGAGUGCGGCAUCUAA